UCGGCGAAAAAUUCCGGAGCAUUUUAAUUAAUGUUUAUAAUAAUAUAUUUAAUUAAACAAUUUGAAAGCGGGAAAGCUUGUUCUUUGAAUUCGCGUUAGAGUCUAAAAUUAAAUUAAUAUUUUUUUUUUUUGUUAAAAUAUGGAAUUUGAAUUAUUAAAUAAUUAUCCGUUCGCGUUGGAUGCGCUGUGUGCAUCCCAAAGUGUUAGUCCUGCGCACUCGGAGAUCUCCAAUGCGAGUGAACAAGAGAAACCGAGAAAAGAAGUGAAUGCCCGCGAACGAAAUCGCACACAAAGGUUUGUCAACUCAGCAUUUACAACAUUACGCAGAUUAAUACCAACAGAACCGUGCGAUCGUAAACUAUCAAAGAUUGAAAUAUUGCGUUUAGCUAAGAGCUAUAUAGCACAUUUGGAUGCAGUAGUAGUAACUGGUAAUAGCGAUAAGCCCUGCGCUAGUUAUUCCAGUUCACAUCAUUAUGAAAAUAUGGGUGCAAUAAACGACUCAAGGCCAAUUAUCUGCACAUUUUGCGCCACUCUAAGUGGAAAAAAGAAUUGAACUAAAACAA